AUCAUCCUUUCCCCAGAAACUCAUCAUGCCUACAGAAUAUUCUGAUAUUGAAAAGCCCAGUUCCACGGCCCUCGAGCAUGGGGAAGACACGCCGCUCGGGUCAACAGCGGAUGGAAAGGCCGAAGGGGUAUCAGGGCAGGUAUACUCGGAGGAAAUGGAGAAGCGGGUCCUCCGCAAAAUGGAUAUCCGCCUGAUCCCAAUGCUUGCGGCGCUGUAUCUCCUUGCGUUCCUCGAUCGCGGAAACAUUGGAAAUGCGAGGAUCGAAGGAAUGUUAGCUGAUUUGAAUAUGACGGAUCGGGAGUAUAGUUGGUGCUUGACCGUGUUCUUCUUCACCUAUGUGGCAUUCGAACUCCCAAGCAAUCUGUUGUUGAAGAAGCUGAAGCCCUCCCGCCUGUUGCCUGUACUAAUGUUUGCUUGGGGCACUGUUAUGACAUUGAUGGGGAUUGUCAAGAGCUACCAUGGCCUUUUGACUGCUCGUUUAUUCCUUGGUGUUGCUGAGGCUGGUCUUUAUCCUGGUAUCGCAUACUACAUUACGCUCUGGUAUCCUCGUCACCGCGCACAAUUUCGCCAGGCACUCUUCUUCAGUGCCGCUAGCAUUGCUGGCGCUUUCUCUGGGCUGCUUGCAUAUGGUAUUGCUAAAAUGGACGGAGUUGGUGGCUAUGCAGGUUGGCGCUGGAUUUUUAUCCUUGAAGGUCUGCUCACUGUUGUGGUGGCCGUGAUUGCACCUUUAGCCAUCCAUGACUUCCCCGAGACUGCGAAAUUCCUUACUGAUGACGAGCGUCAAUACGUUAUCUAUGUUCUACGAUCGCAAACUGCCGUGGAAGAGUCCUCUCGUGAUGGAGUCGUGGAUGAACAAUCACAAUUCCGUUUUAGCUAUGUUAUUGACGCUUUGACUGACUGGCAGAUAUACGUCGGUUUGUUCAUGUACUGGGGUAUCACCUGUCCCCUGUAUGGCAUUUCCUUCUUCCUUCCCUCCAUUAUCAGGGAUCUUGGAUACGCCUCGUCUACCGCGCAGCUUCUCACAGUGCCGAUUUACAUCGCUGCCGCAAUCGUCGCCAUUACCGCGGCUUGGUUUUCUGACAAGCGCAAGCAACGUUCUCCGUUUAUCCUAUUUUUUAUGUCGCUGAUCGCUAUUGGCUUCAUAAUCGUCAUUGCCUCCUCCGGCCGUGGAGUUCCUGGAGUAGUUUACUUUGGGGUCUUUGUUGCCGUUGUUGGUAUCUAUCCUGCAUUCCCUGGUAACGUGACAUGGAUCAGUGUCAAUCUUGCUGGUGAUUACAAACGUGCCGCUGGAAUGGCCCUUCAUAUUGGGUUGGGUAACUUCUCCGGAGCAAUGGCAUCCAACUUCUAUCGUGGAAGGGACGCACCCAAGUAUAUCCUUGGUCACGCCCUAGAGCUCGGAUUCUGCGUGGCUGGUAUCAUCGCAGUGGUGAUUCUACGACUGUCAUACCAGCGCAUUAACCGCAAGCGCGACCGGAUGGAUCUGUCCAUGUAUGAUGCUGCCCAAAUGGCGCGUAUGGGCGAUCGCUCGCCAAUGUUCAGGUAUAUGCUGUAGAACUUGGGCGUCGAGUUAAGUGUCUAUAAACUGCGUCAAGGCUUGUCUGGAGAGUGUGAUCAAGAACCAUAUGUGAGAGAAGCAAACACAACUUUCAAUUUGUAAUUCAUCCGCGACGCCUGCUAUACACCUAGAAAAUAAAACAUCGC